UCUACCUCCACAAUUCAAAUCACUGACCUCCCCACCAAAUCCGUAAUAAUCACCCCCCAACGAGCGACCAUCGUUCGCGAAAUCCACACUUCAAUUCAGAAGACAGGCCAACACACACUCACAAUCACCGGUCUCGACCCGCGAGUCGACACCGACUCGAUCCUAAUCGAAGGAACAGGCACCGCCACAAUAACCGACAUUCAAACAUCGAUAGUGCCCCGACGGGACAAAUUCGAGGAUGUCUAUCCGGUCGAAUCAGACUCAGACUCAGACUCUAUAGAACCCGAGGCAGCAGAUUCAGACUCCGAUAACCUUGGCGAUGAUGAUCCCGAGUUAAAGGCUAUUUCGAAGUCAAUAGCGGAAGUCGAGGUGCGACUUGCGCAGGCGCAACAUGAACAGGCGAUGGCGAUUUCCGUUCGGGAGAUUCUGGAUGACUAUGCGAAGAAGAUGGACCCUGGGAGUGUGAACGCGAAGACGUUGGAGGGGUUUUUGGGACUUUACACGCGGCAGCGCGUGGAUGGGCUUCAGAGGUAUCAUGAGGCUGGGGUGGCGGUUGGGGAGGGGGAGAGGGAGCUUGCGAGGUUGGUGAAGAGACGGGAGCAGGUUGAGGGGCGGUUGAAGAGGGCUAGGGAGGUUGCGUCGAAGAAAGAACGGAGGGAGAAGGAGAAGAAGGCUAUAGAGCGGGCGAGGAAGACUGAACAGCGGAAGAUGGAGAGGGAGGAGAGGCUCAAGUUCUGGACGGUGCGGGUUGGACAGGUGGUUGUGGAUUUGGAUAGUCAGGCCGGGUUCACGCCGGGUUCUAGUCGACGCGGUUCUGUUGUUGAACGGAUAUCGGGUGGUGAGACGUCGUCGUCGUCGUCAGCGGCGGAGCCGGUUGAUGUCAAGUUGCGUCUGAGUUAUGUUGUGCCCGGGGUGAGCUGGAGCUCGCGUUAUGAGCUGCGGAUUAACACGCCUUCGUCGUCGGCGAGGAUGGCUUAUCGGGCUGAGUUUCGGAACUCGAGCUCUGAAACGUGGACGGAUGCGCGGGUGACGCUGUCGACGUCGCAGGCUUCGUUUUCUGGGCUGGAACGGCGGAUUCCGUCGUUGCAUCCUUGGCAUAUCAAGUUGUUGGAUGCGAUUCAGGAGAAUCAGGAGCAUCCCUCUUGGGAGAAGAUUUUGUCGGGUGGUUAUGCGAAUCGGCCUGCAGUGAAAACGAGUGGGCUAUUUGGAGCUCGACCGUCUGGGUCCGGCCUAUUUGGAAAUACGGCGGCGCAACCUCAGCAGAGUUCUGGAUUUGGUGCACUCGGACAGAACAAACCUUCAUUGAGUGUUUUUGGAGGUGCACCGGCCCAGAAUCAGAACUCGUCUGGGCCUCUCUUUGGUAAGGCACAACCAUCUACAGCUAGUGCUUUUGGGUCGGCGUCAAAUCAGAACCAACCUAGCUCAUCCGGAGGCCUUUUCGGGGGAAUGGCUCGAGCUCCAUUUGCAUCAAACCAAGCGAGCAAUACAGGGGAAGCAUCGAGUCAAGCCCAACAGGUGUCAUCUGGAGGUCUUUUUGGAUCUGGGAGAGCCUUAUUUGGGCGAGCUCCAGCAGCAGAGGCAGCCCGGAACCCUCCUUCCCAAGAGCCAAGCUCCAUUGAGUACACACACGAGCAUGAGGACGAUAAUGCUGAAGAUAGAGAAGACGAGCACGACAUCGACAUCGACACCAUAGCCUCAGCAUCUCUCGAAUACCAAGAAUCGGUCAAACAAGACUACGGCCUCACAACGACCUACGACCUUCCGGGCCAACGGACGCUUAUCCCCUCGACCAACAACAGACGCCAUAACCUAGCAGAUCUGGACCUCAAGUCAGUCACACUCUCCCACAUCAUUGUCCCGAAACACAGCGCAGAAGCAUUUUUCCGCGCACGGGUCAAGAACACCUCUUCUUUGAGAAUUAUUCAUGGAAGAGUGGGCUUGACUGUUGAUGGAACGUUCCUCGGCACGGCCACGAUCCCCAACUGUGCGCCAGAUGAUUUCUUUAACGUCUCCUUGGGCGUUGAUCCCUCGAUCCUGGUGACCUAUGGUAAGCCGACCGUGCGACGCUUGAAUACCGGGUUCUUCACCGGACAUGCCGGGGCUGUGUUCCGGCGUACGUGCUGGAUCAAGAAUACCAAGGGUGUGGCGGUGGAUAUCACUGUACUGGAUCAGGUGCCGGUGAGCGAGGAUAAGGAGCUCCAGGUAGAGAUUCUGGAGCCAAAGGGGUUGCAGGAGAAGGGUAAUGAAGUGAAGCUGGAUAUGGAAGCGAGCCAUGGAAGUGGAAAGGCCAUUAUGGAGAAGAAGGGAGAGGUCAAGUGGGUGAUUCAUUUGGAACCGGGGAAGGACGUGCGGGUGGCAUUGGAGUAUGGAACGAAAGCACCGAGAGGGAGUGAGGUGAACUCUGCAUGAGUCUAGAGCUAUGGUAUUUAAUUACUUUGCCCAUUGAUCAUAUCCCCAUGUCGAUGCACUCCGUAUUCCAUCCCAGAAGACCAUUGGACAAUUAUACUACAAAUUGACUUGAUAAUAACAACGCAACGCAAGCUAUACACCCAUCGCCAAGUAACGACCGCCGAAACCCCAUAUUAAAAACAGCAUCCAUCCCCAAGCUACACCCGUAAAAUCAUGGAUGCGACCUAAACACAAGAAGAUAAUUUCUUACAACGAUCCCGAAAUCAGUAAACAACAACGAUUAUACUAUCCACCCUCCCAACAACUCUUAUGCAAACUAGAAAACAUCCACAAAAGUCUAAUCCCCACUAGAUACGGCUGUGAUUUUAGGGCUUAGAAGGUUUGUCCCGGGUUAAUAUCAGUUGUCCAGAUAGGUCGGUUCGAGGCACGACCAAAUGCCUAAGGUAUUUUGGUCGAGUGGCACAUCGCCCAGCAAUAUCUUUAGGCGAUAUUGCGCAGUUUAUGAGCCGGUUAGGGGGUUGGGGUUGAGUGGUGUUUUGGUGGAAUGGGGAAGUUGAUACGCGUUAGAGUGAGAUGAAAGGUCCAAUCAAGAUUGCACUGGAUAGACGAUAUUGAGCAUAUGACAUGCUGAAUCCGUGAUACAGUAUAGUGACA